AUCUGAGUCUGCUGUGUUGACGUGACUAUUCGUGUUCUUUCUGUGUAUCGUCUGUGAAUAUAUUGGAAUAAUAAAAGUGGGAGUUUUUGAGACCGACCCUGAUCACCUGUCGUAGGUCCUCUCAGGGUCUGUGGAGUUUUCGUGACUGUUAACGUUCUUUCUGUGUGUCGGCUGUGAAUAUAAUAUUGAAAUAAUAAAAAGAGGGAGUGUGCGAAGCUGACCCUGCUCACGUGUCUGGGGGGCGCUCUCCGGUUCUGUAGCGUUUACUUGACUACUAACAUACUGUGCAUCAUUUUGUGAAUAUAAUAUUGAAGUCUUUGAAGCCGAUCCUCGUCACGUGUCGGGGGUGCUCUUAAGAUCUGUGGCGUUUACGUGACUUCUUUCUGCGUGUCGGCGGUGGAUAUAAUGUUGAAUAAUAAAAGAGGGAGUGUUUGAAGUCGACCCUGGUCACGUGUCGGGGGUGCUCUCCGGGCCUGCCGUGUUUACAUCGCUGCGCUCAGGAGCGGCCGGCGGGGAGGACUUGCUUCUUGUAUCCGCGCUAUGCGCGUCGUCUUUCGCCGUCGGUCGGUUAAAAAGCCGGUCGCGCUACCCGCUACGCCGAGCAAGUAAGACAUCGCCGAGGAGAAGGAGCCGAAGCGUCGCCGCGGUUCCGGCGGCGGGCUGGGGGGUGCUGGUGUCCGACUCCCGUUAGCUAGCUAGCGUCUGACUGGCUGCAUCUAUGGAGGAGCUGGCCGUGGAAGUUCGAGGGGUGAGCGGAGCCUUCUACAAGGCUUUCGUGAAAGAUGUGCACGAAUCAACUGUUACUGUGGCUUUCGAAAAUAACUGGCAGCCGGAGCGUCAGGUCCCCUUCCACGAUGUCCGCUUUCUCCCACCCACGGGCUUUCAGAAGGAAAUCAAUGAGAGUGACGAGGUCGAGGUGUACUCCAGAGCCAACGACAAGGAGCCUUGCGGCUGGUGGCUGGCCAAGGUCAGGAUGGUGAAAGGAGAGUUUUACGUGAUUGAGUACGCAGCCUGCGAUGCCACGCUCAAUGAGAUCGUCACGCUGGAGAGGCUGCGGCCCGUCAACCCCAACAAGGCGGCCACCAAGAUCACCUUCCUCAAGGAGCGGCUCGAUGUGCCAGAGGACCUGCGGCAGAUGUGUGCGAAGGACUCUGUGCACAAAGACUUCAAGAAGGCCGUGGGUGGCUUCAGCGUCUCGUAUGAUUCCGAGAAGAAGCAGCUGGUCAUCCUGUCGGUGAACGAGGUGACGAGCAAGCGGGCGGCCAUGCUGAGCGACAUGCACUUCAGGAGUCUGCGCACCAAGUUGACCCUGAUGCAGCGGAACGAGGAAGCCAGCCGACAGCUGGAGAGCUCCCGGCAGCUGGCCUCCCGCUUCCACGAGCAGUUUUCCGUGCGGGACGACCUGAUGGGGCUCGCCAUCGGCACCCAUGGAGCCAACAUCCAGCAGGCCCGGAAGGUCGCCGGGGUUACCACCAUCGACCUGGACGAGGAGACGUGCACUUUCCACAUCUACGGAGAGGACCAGGAGGCCGUGCGAAAAGCCCGAAGCUAUCUGGAAUUCUCCGAAGAUGUCAUCAAGGUUCCCCGGAAUUUAGUAGGGAAAGUCAUCGGUAAAAGUGGCAAGCUUAUCCAGGAGGUUGUGGACAAAUCCGGAGUGGUCAGGGUGAGGAUCGAGGCUGAAAAUGAGAAGAAGCCGCCGCCGGCAGACGAGCAGGGGAUGGUGCCGUUCGUCUUCGUAGGAACCAAGGAGAGCAUCUCGAAUGCCCGCGUCCUGCUGGACUAUCAUCUCAACUACCUGAAGGAGGUUGACCAGCUCCGCAUGGAGCUGCUGCAGAUCGACGAGCAGCUCCGGCAGAUUGGCGGGGGGCCCAGGGCCUCGGCAGGACGGCCCGACAAGGAGAAGGGCUUCGGUGUGGACGACGGUACUGGCCCCCCUCGUGGGGGGAAACCCUUUGGCCGUGGGGGGCGUGGCCGACGGGGUCCCGCCUUCACCUCAGGCACCAACUCCGAAGCCUCCAAUGCUUCAGAGACUGAGUCGGACCACCGGGACGAGCUGAGCGACUGGUCCCUGGCCCCCACCGAUGAGGAGAGCAGAGGCUUCCCUCGCCAUGGAGAUGGGCGCAAGAGGGGCAUGGGUCUCCGAGGACGUGGUGGGAGGGGCCGUGGGGGAGGGGGCUACAAAGUUCCUGAAGACGUGCAGUGGAAUGAUUCCCGCCCACGCAGUUCCAGAGAUGUGAAAUCCAGGCCCCAGGAAGAUUCCCUGCAGAUUCGUGUCGACGGAAAUAACGAGAGGAGCGUCCACACAAAGGUCCUCCAGGGCCCCACCCCUGGAGCCGAGAUGGGUGGUGGGGGCCACCGGCAGAGGCCCGCCAAGGAGCGGGGCCUGAAGAAGGAGAAGGCAGAGGGACCUGAAGGGUCUCAGAUGCUGGUGAAUGGAGUGUCGUAGUCCAGCAGCCGCUCCCCACCGCACUCCUCCCCUCCCGCCUCCCCACUCUGCUCUGUCAAAUCCAGACGCUUGUUCAUUAGAGACUCGAUAGGCCAAAGAGAACGGGAUUGGUAGGGCUAUUUCAACACACUGGGGGAGGGUGGGCGCACAUGACAUUACUGUGUCUCCAGCACUUGCUUCAGUGGAAGGGGUGGGGUGGAUAGUGGUGUGUGUGGGGUCACUUCCUGCCCGCAGAGAGAGCGUUCGGCUUUAGCGAAAGGUAAACAGGAGACAAUUUGCAGGUGGAUUGCAGGUUAUAAUACUCUGUGUGCUCUUCAACAUCUAAAGUGAGCUAUUAUUACUAUUAUUAUUACUGUUAUUUGUUCCUCCUCCCCCCCCACCCCACUGUACAGGUUGAUGAAUAAGUUUUGUGGCUUUUUAGCCUUGCCAUUCUUUGAUCCCGCCCCCCCACAGGUAGCACAUCACAUGCUCGUUCCAAUGUGAUGUCACUGCUUUGACAUUAUUCGAGGGGAAAAAAAAAAGGAAAAAAAAAUCCUGUCUGAUUUGUGCCUUUAAUCUGUUGUGGGUAGUAUCGUGAUUGGACGUGUAAAUCAGGGAAGAAGGCUGGGGAUAACACUAAUGUAAUAUACUUGUAUUUAGAGAUGCCUGUUCCGCUGAUUAUUUUCCUUUUCUCAGAGACUGCAUGCGUUUCAUUACCAUUUUUUACAUUGGGCAAGAAAACGGAAUCGCCCGUGUUAUCAAAUACUGGUUUUUCCAUUAGCCUUGCACUGAAAUCUCCUAGGAAGCUGGCGAUAGAGCGGUUUGUUUGCCCGGGGGGCACUAGGAGGUGCUCGCCGUCAAAAGACGGAGGGACUCUCUCGACUUUGCUUUGCGGCUCGUGUGGAUGAACCAGAUGUAGCGCAAGCCACAGCAUCAAAUGGGUGUCUGCUGAUUAACUUAACGCGUGAUCGUUUAAUAUUCCACUUUUCCUUUUUUUUUUUCUUUUAAUUAAAACCGCGCUGAAAGACAGUUUAGGCAUAAGUGGGCAAGACUUCUGUUUGUGAACUAUAAGACUAGGUUGCUUUGUAGGGGAUCGCUUUUACCUUCGGUUAAGUAGACAUUCUGCUACCCGCUUCGUGAGUAAUGUCCUUGUACAGUGUUUAUAUUUGACAGGACUGUAGAAGCACUGACUAGGAUUCAGUGGCUCUGGUGGGUGGACUCACAGACGUCAUACUAUGAGAUCAUUCUCAGUCCCACGCCCCUUACUGAUUUCACUGAAAGCACGAGGGUUUCGACUAAGCCUGGCUGUCAUUGGAUGGAGAUGAGCUGGAGUUCAGGUGUAUGCAUUUGUGUGCACGCCUGUCAGAUACACUGUCAAGUUCUGUUGGGUAUAAGGCCGCACCCAUGCUAUUGGACGGCUGCAACACUGUAUAUUAUACCAUUGUUUAAAAAAUAGAUGCUGUUAUUUUGGACAUGUAAGGUAGGCCUUUUCUUCCCGUGUCAUUUUGCAGGUGUUUUCUUUUUUCGUAUGAAAUGUAAUAAACCUGAUGUGGUAUUUAAAAUCCUUUGGCGUGCACCGUCUGCAGUGUUUUGAAAUCGGGCAGCGGUUUUCUGGCCGAUUGUUCUUUUGGCGCCCCGGCCAUUCCAGUGAGAGACUCACUUCGCUCCUUGUGCACCGUCUGUCUUACACGAUCAGUGCUUGUGCAUUAAACCUUAGUUUACUUUCGAGGACUUGAAGCUGUUUAGAGCCAUGCCUCUUUUGACUUUCUCUGCCCUUUUAUUAUAUUUGUAAUAUAAACAUCUGACGUUACACGCGACUUCCAGUUUGGAACUGCUGUCAAAUUCCGUCCAACACCGCGCUCACUUGGUGCCGCCGGUCCAGUAGUUUUGGGUCGUGAUCUGCUUGCCGUCCGGUGGAAGAAUGGCUGUUCGGACAGGAAAGAGCGUUUUUACCAGACGUGACUUGUGAAUUUCUACCACAGGGUAACCGACUUGGUGUGACUUGUGAUCCUGCACCUUGGGAUAACCCACUCUGCAUGAUUGGUGAUGACAUGACUGGUGAACCUUCACCAAGGAGUAAUCAGCCCGGCGUGAUUGGUGAACCCGCACCUCGGGAUAACUGGCACCACGUGAUUGGUGAAACCCGCACCUUGGGAUAGCUGGUGCCGCGUGAUUGGUGAACCCGCCCCUUGGGAUAACCGGCUCGCUGUGACUCGUGUCACUUACAACAGCAGGCGCGCAGAUCUGUCAUCAUUUUUCACAUCCGUCGUUGGGUGCAGUAAGUGGGCUUUUGGUGCUGUGGUGCCAGUCUGUGACACCUUCUGCAGGAGAUAUCCAGCGAAGGCGUUGGCGACUGGAGAAUCACAGCUCAGGGCUGCCGCUUGACAGGCCCUGCCAGGCCGUUUACCAUCAGUGUUCUUAACGCCUUCGCGCCCGGCACAGAGAGCAAGCAGAUGGUCCUCGGAAAUGUCCUCUAAGUGUUGCCAAACGGGACGAUUUGUAGUUAUUUAUUUUGGGAAUGUAUAUGAAUUAAAAGAUUAAAAAAAUAAUCCGAUGUUUCUUGCACACGUUGUAGGCUGUCGUGGUAUAAAACUUCAAACAGAAACGUUGUAGAUACUGAACUGAGGUAGACUGACCUUGUAUAUUACUGCACUUUGGGCAAUAUUUUCUCUGUACAUAUUAGCAGAACCAAUUUGGGUUUUAUGUUGACAUUGUUUGGUUAUAGUGCAAUAUAUUUUGUAUGCAAGCAGUUUCAAUAAAUAAAGGUUGAUCUUUCUCUGCUAA